CGCUGCUGCAUACAAGAACAACUUAAUGCUGAACUUUCAUCUGUCACGACAACAAAGUAUAACUUUCCUCCAUGGAGAGAACAAAUCUGCUGUAACUUGCUGUGAGGCUAAACCAAUGGAAACAACAAAUAACAACAACGAGGACUCGAAAUUAACUCCAGACCCAGGAGGACAGAAGCGUGAUCAGUCACCAGCAGAGAAAGUGUUUGGUCGGCAGCUGAGUGAACCCGGGCGCUUUGCAUACGCUGGGUUAUGUGGAGUGUCUUUGGGCCAGCUGUUUCAAGGACCUGAGCAAAAACGUUUUCGUGAGACGUAUCUGGAGGGUCUUGUUCAGUGGCUGGAUCUUGAUGAGUCGGUCAUGCCGGUUAUGCAAGCGUUCCUGGCAGGGCUCGGGUUCGAAGGCACUGACACCUUCCUGUCCAUCUUGCAUGCGGAGCCGCUGCUCAGAGCCGGAGCUUUACCCAUCACUCAGGUACAUGUAGAAGAGUCAUCAAGAAGACAGAAGAAAGAGAGAGGUCGUAAAUUGCGCCGGUACCUGCUCAUCGGACUUGCCACUGUGGGUGGAGGGACGGUAAUUGGUGUUACAGGAGGGCUGGCGGCUCCUCUGGUGGCUGCCGGGGCAGGAGCGGUGCUAGGAGCGGGUGGAGCCGCUGUGCUGGGAUCAGCCACGGGCAUCGCCAUCAUGGCCUCCUUGUUUGGAGCCGCAGGGGCCGGGUUAACAGGCUAUAAAAUGAACAAGCGUGUCGGCGCUAUCGAGGAGUUUGAGUUUCUUCCGAUGAGUUCUGGAAAGCAUCUUCAUCUCACUAUAGCCGUGACAGGCUGGCUGUGCAGCGGCAAAUACAGUUCGUUUCAGGCUCCCUGGUCCAGUCUAGGAGUGUGUGGCGAGCAGUACUGUCUGAAAUGGGAGUCGCGUUAUUUAUUGGACCUGGGCUCUAUUCUGGAUUCAUUAUGGGAUGGGCUUGUUAGUGUCGUAGCUCAGGAGGCCCUCAAAUACACAGUGCUCUCAGGCAUAGUAAUGGCUCUGACAUGGCCUGCGUCUCUGCUGGCUGUGGCCAGUGUGAUCGACAACCCCUGGGGAGUGUGCCUGAGUCGAUCAGCAGAGGUGGGAAAACACCUCGCCCAGGUGCUCCGGAGCCGACAGCAGGUCAGAGUCGAGCGGAGUCCUGCAAGACAUCGACUUCUUCAAGAUCCUCCUUAUUAUAUUCAGAGGCACAAACUCAGCAAAAAUAUGCAGUUUGCUGAUAUUUAUAUGGCCAGAAAAGGGGAUUGGCUUCUUGGAUUCCUGUAUAGAAGUUCGUCAGUCCAGCUGUCUGUUGCUGGGCUCCAGCCAAUCAAUUCGCAAGAUCGCAAAAUAAUCAAUGUGGAUCUGUCAUCAGUGGUAAAAGGACACCUGGACUAUAUGCGUCAGAUGGACACCAUCCUAGUAGCAGUAGGGGUUCCUACCAGGGAAGAAGCUGGAGCAAUGAGUGGCAAACUACAGCUGGUACAUUUAUCUCAGGAAAAAGCAGGCACUCCAGAAUUAGCUGGUCAGAGCAGAGUCAAAGAGGAACCAUCCAUGGACAUUUCAAACAAUGAUACCUCAGACACCACAGAGGCAAAUGUAGAUAAAUACAAGACACAGACUGUAGACGGGGAACGGUGCGAGAGGAAGGACUCUGAGAAUGGCUGGGAUAUCCCUGAUAUAUCUGAUUUAUUGGACUCCAUCAGUGAAUGUGAUGGCGUCCCUGAUCCCUGUCAAGGGAACGCACAUUCGCUAUGCGCUCUCGGAGUCAAGGAUCAUGUUGAACCAUCUCAAGAUCAAGGCAAAAUAGACAGAGACGAUGAAAGUGAGACAGACUGUGAGCACACGUCCUGGGACUGGGACGACACGAACUGGACGACUGAAUGCACAAACACAACCUACCAGUCGCACACUGAAGCACAGGAGCAGUUAGUCAAUGGCAAACCUGCUGGUUCUGAGCCAAGAGCCUUGACAUUUCCUUGAUUCACAACUCAUA